AUGGGCGCGUCCGCGCACAGCCGCAGCGCGUCCUCCGGCGUCGCGAGCGCGGACGACGUCGAGGCGCAGCUCGUCCCCGCGAGCGAGCGCGACGACGACGACGACGACGACGACGACGACGACGACGACGCGCGCGCGACGAAGACGACGACUCCCGAAGACGACGACCGUCCGGGCGCGCUCGCGCUCCCGGAGCUCCAUCGCGUGGACGUCGGCCCGCGCGGCAGCAAGCGCGCCAAGUACUACGCCGUCGGCCUCCUCACGCUCACCGCGAUGUUUCUGUACGCGGACCAGAACCUCCUGUCGCCGAACAUGUCCGCGGUCGCGGAGGACUUCAACAUGACGGACAAGGAGAAAGGCGCGUUCUAUCUCACACUGGUCCCCAUACGACGGCGUUCGCGUGGUGAACGCUAUUCCUUAAGGACUUUGCCCGGCGUUUCUCUCCUCCCACCCAUCGCUUUCAACUCCCGCCCUCGACGCCUUUCAACUCCGCUUCUGACGCCUAUGAACUCCACCCCGACGUUCGCUCGUAUGGAACGACCCAAAGAUCUCUACCUGGGCGGCUACCUCCAGCUCGCCUUCUUCGUCGUCGGAUCCCCCGCGUCGUUCUUGAUCGGAUGGCUCGCGGACAAGCCGACGAUCCGCGGCCGCGCGAACCCGCGCACGCGGCUGUUCGUGUUGACCGUCAUGAUCGGCGAGGGGCCGUGUCUCGCGACGACGUACUGGGAGCUCUUCGCGUGCCGAGCGCUCACGGGCGUCGCCGUCGGCGGAUGCCUCCCGCUGCUCUUCUCCAUGUGCGGCGACAUGUUCCCCACGGAGCAGCGGUCUUACGUCGCGAGCUUCCUGACGAUCAGCACCGGCGCGGGGAUCGCGAUGGGGCAGAUGAUGAGCGGGUUCGUCGGGCCGCGGUACGGGUGGCGGCUGCCGUUUUUACUCGCCGCCGCGCCCGCCAUCGCGCUCGCGAUCUUAUUUUAUUUCACGGUGAAAGAGCCCGUGCGGGGGUGCCAGGAAGAGGCGGUGAAGAAGCGGAGGGAGGAGCGGCUGAGGGAGGAGGAGGAAGACGGCGAGGCGCUGCGCGUGGAUUGCGACGGCGGCGACGACGGCGACGACGAAGCGGGGGCCGCGAAAAAGAGAGCGUCGACGAGGGACCGCGAAGAAGAAGAAGAGGAUGACGACGACGACGACGAGGAAGCGGAGGAGAAGGAGAAGAAGAGGAGAGGGGACGGGAGCGCCGCGCGCGCGGGCGUCGCCGCGACGGCGGGGGUGAUGGCCGCGGGCGCGGUCGCGUCGUCGAGGUCGACCGGCGGCGGCGGCGGCGGCGGCGGCGCGAGGAAGGACGGCGGCGGCGGCGAGGCGGAUGAGAAAUCCGCCGCCGCGGAGGACGACGAAUACAGCGGCAAGAUCGACUGGGAGAAGCUGAAACGGCAGCUCCGCGUGCCGUCCAACCGCGUCAUCCUCGCGCAGGGCAUCCCCGGGACGAUCCCGUGGGGUAUGCUCAACGCGUACUUCGUGGAUUACCUUCACAAGCAGAAGGGCCUCAAGGUGGAAGAGGGAACGAUCGCGGUGACGUGUUUCGGCCUCGGCGCCGCGAUCGGGACCGUCGUCGGCGGGAUCCGAGGCCAGACGAUAUACAACAAACCCGGGGGAAGGCACGCGAUCGCGGUGAUCAUGGGGGUAACGACCGCGCUCGGUGCGUUACCCGGGUUCUGGUUCAUCAACACGAGCGACUACGGGUCCCACAACCUGUUGCUCUAUUUCGGCUGUCUCGUCGGCGGCGUCCUCGCCGGCGUCACGCCGCCCAACGUCCGCGCGGUGCUCCUCAACGUGAACCCUCCAGGCGCGUUCUGA